GUGAUGUGUCGAGAUGCAAUCCUGACACUUUAAUAUUUGAAGAUGAGUCAGAGAAAGGAAGCAAUGCCCUUCUCGCUCGGGCAUGGUCCCCUGGCUGGAGCAAUGCCGAUAAAGCCCUAACAACCUUCUUAAAUGGACCCCUAAUAGAGUACUCCAAGAAUCGUCGAAAGGCUGAUAGUGCCACAACCUCUUUUCUAUCCCCCCAUUUGCAUUUUGGGGAAGUCAGUGUUCGUAAGGUUUUCCAUCUUGUUCGCAUUAAGCAAGUUCUUUGGGCCAAUGAAGGUAACAAAGCAGGUGAAGAGAGUGUUAAUUUGUUCCUCAAAAGUAUAGGGCUGAGGGAGUAUUCCAGAUACAUGAGUUUCAAUCAUCCUUACAGCCAUGAAAGGCCGUUACUUGGCCACUUCAAGUAUUUCCCUUGGGUUGUGGACGAGGGCUACUUCAAAGCAUGGAGACAAGGCCGGACUGGAUAUCCUUUGGUGGAUGCUGGUAUGAGGGAGCUAUGGGCCACUGGAUGGCUACAUGAUCGGAUACGUGUUGUAGUCUCGAGUUUCUUUGUCAAAGUUCUGCAGCUGCCUUGGAGAUGGGGAAUGAAGUACUUCUGGGAUACCCUACUGGAUGCAGAUCUUGAGAGCGAUGCCCUUGGUUGGCAAUAUAUCACUGGAACACUUCCAGAUGGUCGAGCGUUUGACCGCCUUGAUAACCUACAGAUUGAGGGUUACAAGUUCGAUCCAAAUGGAGAAUAUGUUCGAAGAUGGCUUCCUGAACUUUCUAGAUUGCCGACAGAGUGGAUACAUCAUCCAUGGAAUGCGCCAGAAAGUAUGCUACAAGCUGCCGGAAUCGAACUUGGUUCGAAUUACCCUCUUCCUAUAGUCGAAAUAGAUGCUGCAAACGCUAGGUUGGAAGAAGCACUUGCACAAAUGUGGCAGCAGGAAGGGGCUUCACAAACUGCAAUCGAGAAUGGAAUGGAAGAGGGCCUUGGAGACUCAUCCGAAUACACUCCUAUUGCAUUCCCUCCGAAUACAGACAUGGAGAUGGACAAUGAACCUAUCAGAAACAAUCCUCCAAAUGCAGUCAUUCGCCGCUAUGGGGAUCAAAUGGUACCAAGCAUGACCUCUUCUUUCAUCCGCGUUGCAGAUGAAGAGACGUCAGUUGAUCUCAGAAGCACAGGCGAUGAUAAUAGAGCUGAGGUCCCUUCAAAUGUAAACCCUGCAGAGGAGCCGAGAAGAGAACGACGCGGCCAAGCUAUAAUCCAGACAGGUAGAACGAAUGAUGGUUUCCUACAAUCCAAUUUCGCAAGAGGUCGUAGAAAUUCUGAAGAUUCAACAGCAGAGUCAUCCAGUACCACUAGAAGAGAGAGAGACGGCGGGAUUGUCCCAGUUUGGUCCCCUUCGAAUUCCACGUACUCUGAUCCAUUCCGAGGUGAAGAGAACAGCAUUAGCACCAGUUCGUCUUACUUGGCUAGGCAUCCACAGGCUCACCAGCUAUUCUGAAAGGAAGCUUUCUCAAACUGGAUCUGUAAACAAGAUUCUGCUCGCUGACAAGACUUGUUCAUAAUAAUUGUCUUGUUAUUAAAUAACCGGGAAUGGUUGUUGAAGGAUUCGGGCAAUGGGAGGGCUUCCAAGAGGUAAGAGGCUCGCGAUCGCCUGUGCUAUUUGUAACACUCUGAUCAAAGUGUGCAACUAUUCUAAUUGGGUAGGUUACAAUGUAUAGUAUAUAUAUCUGAAUAUAUUGUUCCAGAGUUAUGAUUUGGUCGUAUAUGAUAUGAAGGUGUAGCAUAAAAGUGAGAUAGACAGACCGUUAUCACUUAUCAGGAUAUGUUUUUUUUUGUAUUAAGCUGCCAAAUUUUUAUCUUCAUGAUAUUUGGUUCAGAUCCAAUAUUCAGAUUUUUCUUCUUUA